AUGUCGACCCCAGAAACUCCUCAGUUUUCGCCGCCCAAUCGAGUUACGCUCUUUAAGCGUAGGGCAAACGCGAUAGCUGCCCAUGCUCAAAAAAUUGCUUCUGGCCUUACUGCCGAUAGGGUUAAGGCCGUUCCUGAGGAGGAGCUCACCCUGAAACUUGAGCUUAUAAAUAAAACCGAAGCCUCUUUCUCAUUGGCUCAUGAUUCGUUGGAGGAACUCGAUUAUGAGGAAAUUGGCAGCAAAGCGCGGGACGACUUUGAGGAUUUGGUGUUCUCCAUGAGAUCGGUGGUGCUGCAAGAGCUGGGAAAGCGCAAAUUCCAAGGAGUUCCGUGUUCAACCAUGCAUCCAGAGGUGGCCAUGGAGGCCGCUGCGCCUGCUCCAAGAAGAUCGUGCCUUCCUGAGCUUAAGUUGCCAACCUUCAGCGGCGGCUACACUGAGUAUGCCGAUUUUAUUUCAAUGUUCCUGACAAUUAUUGAUAGGAAUAGUGAUCUGGCUCCAAUUGAGAAGCUGCAGCACCUGAAAUCAUGCCUGAAAGGUCCAGCUUUAGAUGCCGUUCGUUCGCUGGAGAUCACUGACUCUAACUAUGGAGCUCACAUAACAGAUAUUUUUGGUUUGUCAAAGGUGGAAAGUGCAUCAGCUGUGAAGCUGCGUGAGCUCUCCGAUAAGCUCAAUGCCAAUCUUCGAGCGCUUCAGAGUUUGGGAACCUUGGAGGAGAUCGCUGGUUGCAUUCUUGUUCAUACGCUGCUGCAAAAAGUUGACCCGACUACCCAGGCUAAAUGGGAAGAGUCUGCCUCUCUGGACAAAAUACCCACCUGCGCAGAAUUUACUAAAUUUCUGGAGAAGCGAUGCCAGAAACUGGAGAAUGUGGAGCAUGCUGCUUUAUCCAAUGGUGGCAAUUCGCAAGCUUCAAGGCCCAGGAGGUUCAGCAGUCAUGGGAGAAGUUCGUUUGUCGCCACUAGCAUCACAGCCUCGACCAGAUUUAUCUCGGCUUUGGUUGCGCCUGCCAUCACGGACGACCAGCCUAGCUUCACCGUCAGCCCAGAGGACUGGAACAUACCUUCCAACAUUCGCCUGGCCGAUCCACAGUUCUUCAGAUCACAAAGAAUUGACUUAUUAAUUGGAGCAAGUCUAUUCUUUGAGCUGCUAUGCGUUGGCCAAAUUAAGUUGUCUGAUGGGCUCCCGUUGUUGCAAAAAACUCGAUUGGGAUGGGUUGUCACUGGCGGAGGAUCAGCGCCACGCCAGUCAGCGGCCUUGGCGGUCCAAGCUACUGCAGGGACGUUAGUCGGAGAUGACGCUCGUCUGGAGAGCGUUGUGCGGAAGUUUUGGGAAGUUGAAAACGUUGGAGAGUCUGGAUCUCAACGUACCAAAGAGGAACUCGAUUGUGAAGCUCAUUUUAACGCCAACUUUACUCGGCUGCCGUCAGGAGAAUACUCGGUUCGCCUGCCAACCAAGCAUAGUGUUGAAAUCCUGGGAGAUUCAUAUCAACAAGCUUAUCGUCGUUUCGUUAACCUGGAGAACAAACUGGAUCGUCAUCCUCAUCUCAAAGCUCAGUACUCGGCAUUUAUUCUUCGAGCCAUGCAUCAGUUGGCAGAAGAUGAGAAGGCAUCGUUUCCCCUUGGCGCCAAAAUACUUUUGCGAGACUUCUACGUGGAUGAUCUCAUCACAGGAGGCAACUCGACACAAGACGUCUUGGAGAUCAUGCGGCAGACCACUGGACUUCUCGAAAGGGGCAAUUUCAAGUUGAGAAAAUGGUGCUCAAACGAUCCUGCUUUGCUGCAGCAAAUCCCAGAGGCCGAAAGGGAUUCAUUCUUGAAGUUCGACGAUGGCAGCGACAUUACAAAAACGCUUGGACUUGCUUGGGAUUCGUCGUCGGACGUUUUGCUGUUCUCCACAUCGCCAAUGAAAAUUAUUGCCAAACCAACCAAGCGCUCAAAGAUCUGGAGAGAGAGACUCGACUGGGACGAAAGCUUGCCUGCAGCGCUUAAUUCAUCGUGGCUAAGUUUGUCGGCCAAUAUUUGUGAGACGCAAAAGCUCCAGUUUCCUCGACUAGCACUGAACCCAAACAACGUGAUCGAAGUCCACGGAUUCAGUGAUGCCAGUAUUGACGCAUACGGAGGCUGCAUUUACGUCGUGUCCAUGGAGGAUGACCGAAGGAUGGCCCAUCUCCUCUGCGCUAAAUCUCGUGUGGCGCCACUGAAGACUCUCACGGUCCCUAAGCUGGAGUUGUCUGCUGCCGUGCUGCUGGCUCAACUCAUUCAAGAAGUACAACAAAUGGGGCUAUUCUCGUGCUCCUACUACUGCUGGUCGGAUUCUGCAUCUUUUACAAUUGGAAUGGAAUGGCGCUACGUCCCUACGAGCUGCAAUCCAGCAGAUAUCCUGUCAAGAGGUGCUCUUCCCAGUGAACUGGUAGCUUCUAACCUAUGGGCUCAUGGACCUGACUAUCUUCAAAAGGAAAAAUCUCAAUGGCCAGAGUCCUGCCUUGCAGUGAAGACUCUUCCUGACCUUAAAAAGAUUGCUUUGGUUGGCAUCUCGGCAGCUGCUGAUGUAUCCUCGUACUGCAAAUUCUUCAACUCGUGGGAAAAAUUAAAGCAUGUCUUCGGCUACAUCUACAAGUUUCGCCAUCGUAUCAGGCAACCAGGUCUCACUUCGGAACAUGUUCGCUGUGGCACCCAAAUGCUCAUUCGCUCCAUUCAGAGGGUUCAUCUUAAUGACGAGUAUCAUUGCCUGCUUCGAGGACGGCCAAUAAAGGCCUCCAGCUCCAUCGCAUCGCUCUCGCCCAUUAUCGACGAACUUGGGCUUUUACGUGUUGGCGGUCGACUGAAAAACUCUGCUCUGGACUAUGAGGCACGCCAUCCACUGAUAUUACCUCGUCAGCAUCCUGUAACCCGCGCAAUAAUCCUGCAUUUUCAUCGGCGCAACCUACACUCUGGACCUCGCUCCCUGCUCGCUUCAAUCCGGCAGCAGUUUUGGCCAAUUGGUGGCCGCAAGACGGUUGCGAGUGCUGUGAGCAAAUGCAUAAUUUGUUUUCGGGCCAAGCCACAUGUUGCUGGCCACAUUAUGGCGGAUCUUCCGGAGGACCGCGUCAGCGCAUCUUACGCCUUCCAGGUGACUGGACUGGAUUUUUGUGGCCCUUUCUAUCACAAGUCGGAAGUUCGGAAUAAGGCACCCAUCAAGUGCUACGUCUGCAUUUUUAUCUGCUUUUCCACAAAGGCUGUUCACCUCGAGCUGGUCCAGGAUCUCUCCACUUCAGCGUUUCUUAGCGCAUUGAGGCGCUUUAUAUUGAUUCGUGGCAAGCCUGCCCGCAUAUGGUCGGACAAUGCGACUAAUUUUGUAGGCGCUAAGAACGAGUUGGCUGAUCUAAAGCGAUUGUUCCUGAAUGCCAGCCACCAAACCGCAAUAGAUGAAUUCUGCUUGACUGACAGUAUCGAAUGGCGAUUUAUUCCUCCUCGCUCACCCCACUUUGGAGGUCUAUGGGAGGCGGCUGUGAAGACUGCGAAGUACCACUUCUACCGAUCUGUUGGACCUGCGAUACUGCCCGCUGAUGACCUGCGCACUCUCGUUUGCCACAUCGCGGCAAUCAUUAAUUCUCGUCCUUUAGUCUCACUUUCAGAACACCCUGGCGAUCUUGAUGUGUUGACACCGGCGCACUUCUUGGGUACUGCUCCUCUGGCCUUGUUUCCUGAGCCUGACUACACUAAUUUGAACCUCAAUCGGUUGGAUCGCUGGCAGAAAAUUUCGUUUUACCAGCAACUGUUCUGGUCCCGCUGGAAACAGGAGUACCUGACGCUCCUUCAGCAGCGCUCCAAGUGGCGCACACAGAAGACGGAUGUUCAACUCGGUGAUGUCGUUCUGGUUAAGGACGAAAACCUGCCCUCCCUCAAGUGGCCACUAGCUCGAGUGGUCAACCUCGUCGCUGGAUCCGACAAUGUGGCUCGAGUCGCUGUGCUGAAGACCGCCACUGGCCUCAUCAAUCGCGCAGUUGCUAAGCUGUGUGUGCUGCCGAAGCAGGAUGAAGUUGAAAGCCCUUGUCUUCCAACGGGGGGAGAAUGUCUGGUUAUGCAGCCCGCACCUGAUGACCCAGCGGCUAAACAACAACAAUAA